UCUCUCCUUUCAGGUUCCAGCCACCUACAGCUCCCACAACCAUGUUUCAGUGGCCACUUCUGCUGCUGAGCCUUUCGCAUCUAGCUUCUGCUGAGCCAAAAGCCGAUCCAAAUCAGAAGAUGUGCCGUAAGGUCUCAUACAGUGUCUCCUUAUUAAGGGAUCGUUCUGAGGUUGCCAAUUGCUCUGACGGGUGCAAAGAUCUUUUUGAGAAGCUGCCCCAAGUACUCAAAACAAACUGCUCUUAUGGAGACCCACGCUUGCAGGAUGCCAACUUCGACAGCGAUUACUCAAAUACACCAACUUGUGACUGCUUGAUCACGGCUUAUUUUGACAGAAUGUCUACUACAGAUUUGCCGGGCUUGAGUUGCAACGUAGACGAUGUGAAGACGAGUUUGGAGACGCACUGGCGGAGUCAACAUAGACAAGGGAUAUUUAUAAAUGUUGAUGGGAUCUCUAGUAAAGAGACGGACUGCGCUGAUGUCGAAGAUAACGACUGAAAGUGUUCGAAAUGGCUGGUAGGCGUACUAGACGAUAGUAAUCACUUUGAGAUUGA